CUCGUAUAGACAGUAUCAGCGCGCUCUCUCUGUAUAUAUCUCUCCUCGCGCUGCUGCUGGAGGCGCGUGGCUCUCUGUAGCGCAAGAACAGUUCCUGCACUCACCUCCACCCAGCUGGACCUUCAGACACAGAGGAAGAGCGCGCGUGUGUUUAUGUCAGUGUUUAGGUGUGUGUAGGAGUGUGUAAGCGUGUGUUUUUGGGAGUUUUAUACAAUGAGCUGCCUGGAUGUCGCGCGUCCGGUCUACAGCCACCCUGCAGCAUUCAGCAGCGCAGCGCAGUCUCUUUCUGCAGUGAGCAGUCCGCCGUUGCUGUCUCUCCACGGGGACUCCAUGGAGGGCUCUGGGUCGGAGUUGCAGGAGAAGGAAAAGCAGGACGUGGCAGAAGCAGAAUACCUGAGCUCUCGCUGUGUCCUCUUUACCUACUACCAGGGUGACAUAAGCAGUGUGGUGGACGAGCACUUCUCCAGAGCACUCAGCACCUGCAGCGGCACACCGAGCAAGAGGAGGGGCCAAUCAGGCACAGAACCUCCAUCUCCAAACAGUCGGCGGAGCUUCCCUCCAUCAUUCUGGGACAGCAAUUACCCAUCUCCACCCAGCCGACCGCACUGUGACCCCCCGGGUACCCCAGCUUACUCCAUCGACCCUUAUGCCCAUGGACUGCACCCAGGGUUACCUCAUGCACAUCCUCACCCACACCCCUCAGAGUCCUGGGGUUAUGCACAGACUCAGGCUUACGGACCCCCAAGGCCACUUCAUGAACUCUAUACCCCUCCAGGACUGGAGCCCCACUACAGCCCCCUGCUUAUGCCCACAGUCCGACCAGCCCACCUGCCUGGCCUGCCGGGACACUACGAGGUGGGGAAGCUGGAACCAACGCCCACGUGGCCACUGCUGCCACCGCCGGGGGACGUGGCUAUAGCCCUCAACAUGGACCCAGGCUUACCGGCACAUAAGAAAGGAAAGGAGCUGUACUGGUUCUAAUGACCGGCCUGGCCAUCGACCCGCCAAUUAAAGCUGUGGAGCGCUGGAGAGCGGCCCAUUGUACCGGAGCCUUGCCAGGGUCUGGAAGUGUGCACCAUGGAGAUAAAGACAGAGGGAUGGAGGAAAAGAGCGAGAGGGGUCCAGCUCUGUCCAUGCACACCUCUCUGUCUCUGUAAUCCUUCCAUUCUCUCUCUCUCUUUGUGGUGUAACAAAACCCCUUCAGCUCCUGGGACAGUUAAAUGCCUGAGCGAGGGAGAAAUUGAGACGUUUUUACCCUGGACAGAAAGGAAAUAUACAAAUAAAGAAACAACAAAGAGGAACAUACAAAAAGGAACUGACAACAGACUGGAACAGCCUUUUGUAUCGGUGACUCUGUGGUAGUGUUGUAUGAAUGGACAAAUAUGGAUCUCCAUUAUUUCUGUUGUUUGUGUUGGAUUUUUCAUUUUCAGUAAAUUAAUAUGUAUAUUUAAAAGACGAUUUUUAAAACAGAUCAUUUUGAGUGUAUUGCUUUAUAGUGGAUCCUAGAUGUGGCACAGACAUAGACACUGCUAAAUAUGUAAGUAGGGCUGCUAAAAUCAAUUGAUGAUAUAUACAUAUAUAGUACCAGUCAAAUGUUUGGACACACCUCUACUCAUUCAACAUGUUUUCUUUCUUUUUAUGUUUUUUAAUAUUGUAAAUCUAAUAUUGAAGCUAUACAGAAACACAUGCAGAAUUAUUCUGUAAACAAAAAGUGUUAACCAGAGGCAGAGUCACCUGGAAUAGUUCUUCAGCGUUUUGAAGAAGUUUCCCGAGGUGCUAAACAAUAGUUGCUCCUUUACUUCCUGCAUCCCAAAUUCUCCAUCUUAGCUGGGUUUAAGUCAGGGGAUUAUGGAGACCAAACACUUUUGUUUACUACAUAAAUCCAUGUCCCUUAACAGUUUUUGUCUUUAAAAGUAAAGAAAUCAUUCAAUUAGAAGGUGUGUCCAAACUUUUGAUAGGUAAUAUAUAUGUAUAUAUACAGCUCUGGAAAAAAAUAGAGACCACAUCAGUUUCUGAAACAUCUUCUGUGAUUUUGAUAUUUAUAGGUAUAUGUUUAAGUAAAAUGAACAUUGUGUUUUAUUCUACAAACUAUGGACAACAUUUCUCCCAAAUUCCAAAUAAAAAUAUUGUCAUUUAGAGCAUUUAUUUGCAGAAAAUAAGAAAUGACUAAAAUAACAAAAACAAUGCAGAGCUUUCAAACAUCAAAUAAUGCAAAGAAAACAAGUUCAUAUUCAUAAAGUUCAUAGAGUUCAUAAAUCAAUAAUGGGUGGAAUAUCCCUGGUUUUUAAUCACAGUUUUUAUGCAUCUUGGCAUGUUCUCCAACAGUCUUACACACUGCUUUUGGAUAACUUUAUACCACUCCUGGUGUAAAAGUGCAAGCAGUUCAGCUUGGUUUUGAAACCUCUUGAGUAUAUUUCAGAGGUUUUCAAUUGGGUAAAAUCAAAUAAACUCAUCAGAGCUUUAUAUAUUAGACAUGCAACAAAAUGAAAAUCCAAACUUAAUAUUUGGUGCAUCCCUACUACACAUAUACAUUUUUAUUGUGAUAAUCAAAUAGUCUUUUACACUGGAGAAAUAUUGUUAUGUGGCAUUUUUAUGCAUACAUUUAAUGUGUAUUACAUAUGGCAUUGUUCUUUUCAUUUUUUUUGUUGAACUUCCAGGAUGUUUGUGAAUACUUGUAUUGCAAUUCUAUUUAUAUAAUUUUACCAUUCAAUAAAAUCUUUUGGUCAGCCGCA